AUGCACGGUCAACAAUGGAUUGGAAACGAAAGAAAACGACAAGGAGAAGUAAGGAGAAGGGCAUCCGCCAAAAAAUCUCAAGUUGGAGUUCCUUGUAAAUCAAGAAAAACCAGCGCUUACCAGUUAUUCAAGUCCAACUUCUUUAAAAGCACACUUGCCCGUACAAUAAAGAAGACGGACGGCAAUUCAGGGCUUCAACAAAAAGCCAAUGAAGUAUGGAAGACCCUCGGAGUUGCGGAACUGCAGGCUUAUGAGGAUCAGGCACAGGAGGCCAAUGAAAACUCGGCUCCAGCAAAAACGGAAACACGUAAAAAGCGAGUCAAAAAGCUUAUGAGUUUGAUACGCGAUUCUAUCGAUCAGUUAAAUGACUUUGGAUGCCCAUCGUUGUGGGUUGGGCUCUCGGAUGGGGUUCCGCAGCGUUAUUUCGCGGAAGGAGUUGGUGCCCUUGCUGUCGACGAGACCUUUAUUAACUACACAGUAUCGGGUCUCAUAAAUAGUGUUGCUAAGAAGACGAUGGAAAAUGAAACGUCAAAGUUGACCCCUUUACCUGGAAAAAAGAGGAAGGCCACCAAAAGAACAAAAAAAACCUGCAAAGAAACUAAUUCAGCUAUAGAAGCAGCUGGUACUGAGGGAACAACAAAUAGCCAAGCAAGAGUGUCCUCCCCGAAGGUGGAUUACUUUGAGCUCCUGGACGAGGAGGAGAAAGUGAUGUGUAGAGGAAAAAAGGUGGAGAGAAGCGUUGUCCAUGGCCGCCAGCUCACCCAGGGCUGGCAUGCUUUUGAGAUAAUUGAGGUCGUGGACAGCUCUCCAAAAGCAUGGGAAACCUUUCCUGGAGAGAUCGAAAGUGGGGGAUACAUUGCUUGGCCGGUGGCAAACAUUAGGCCUGUCAGAUCAGGCGAUGUAGAGGAUCAGGCAACAAGAAAGAAGAAGAGGAAAGAAGUCAGAGGACUCAUUGAUCAAUUGCAUCCCGAUUUUGGCAGCGGCAGUCCAUCCGCCCUUGCCCAACUGCCACGUAAAUCAAGGGCAAAGAAUAUCUAAAACAAAGAAGAAACGCGCAUUCUUUUCAGUUGUUGUUUUAUGGGUCUUUUAUGUGAUCAGAGUUGGUAUAAGAGGAUGUGAUA